CUACGGAGCUGACGCUUGGCCUUCCUGCCAGAGAGACCGAUGAGAAGCCUUUCUUUCCUUUGGUUCCUUCCAAAGAUGAGGUUUCCUUGAAGAAAAGAGGCUUCUCUGAUGCAAUGGAUAAGUCUAAAAGUUCGGUUUAUACUGAGAAAAACUGGAUGUUUCCUGAAGGGGUAGCAGCUUACCAAUGUGUAAUGAAGAAGGAGGCGACGCAGAACAUGCCCAAGGGACAGGGCACAGAUUGUUGGUUGGCCUCCAGUGAGAUCCUACAGGAAGAACACGUUGGCCACCACUUGUAAGAACAGUGAUGAGGUUGAUGGGAAGCCAGGUUCCGCGGCGGCCCUCUUCGUGAAGGUCAGCAUGGAUGGUGCUCCUUAUCUGAGGAAAGUUGACCUGAGGAGCUACACUAACUACAUGGAGCUUUCUUUAGCCUUGGAGAAGAUGUUCACCACUUUCACUCUUGGUCAAUGUGGAGCUAACGGAGCUGCAGGGAAGGAUAAGCUCUGUGAGACCAAACUCAAGGAUCUUCUGAAUGGAAAAGACUAUGUGCUCACGUAUGAGGACAAGGAUGGAGACUGGAUGCUUGUUGGAGAUGUUCCAUGGGAGAUGUUUAUUGAUGUCUGCAAGAAACUGAAGAUAAUGAAAGGCUCUGAUGCCAUUGGUUUAGCUGCAGCUCCGAGAGCAAUGGAGAAAUCGAAGAUGAGAGCUUGAAAAUGAGAAGCUUUCAAGUUAUACUGAUUAUGUGCGGUUGAAAUAUCUCUUUUGGUGGUGUUUUAAAAAAUUUCAAAACAUCUUUAGCUUCUGAAUUUUUUUUCUAUUAUAAAAACUACGUAUGUAAGAAAUGAAGAAGAAUUGACUACGCUUUAGCCGAAACAGUAAAGUGGUCGCUGUUUCUACUUUCUAGAGUCUGGUCUAUGUUUGGUUUGAUUUGAUUUCGAUGUGUGGUUUGACUUUUCUAUUUUGGGAUAUUAAUGUAAUGUUAUUCUGCCU